AUUAUUUUUUAUAUUUAUAUUAUUAAUUAUUUCAUUUUAUAUGUAAAUUUUGAUGUAAAAUUUUUCCGAUAGAAAAAAAUUGGGUAAGUAGACAAUUUUUAAUUUGAAUUUCAAUGAUCGAUAUAUUCUGCGGCGUCAAGAUUGUGAAAAAAGUAUAAAAAUACUUUUUUUAAACUAAAAAUUGAUUGAAAUGUUAUUAAUUGUUUAUGAAAAAAGGAAAAUGCACUGUUUUUCGUUUUAAGGAAAUUAUUUAUAGUAUAAAUUUUUUUUUUGUUGCUUAAAAGUAUAAAAAAAAUUUUUUAUACUUAAAAGUAAAAAAAAAAUAUUAAGAAGUAUUAGAAAGUAUUAAAAAUUAUGGACUAAUUUCGCUUUUUCACCAAUUAAAGAUCUUUUUCUUCCGGCAUAAAAUGCCCGUUAUGGAGCUAACAUUAAACUGGAUGAAGAUAUUCUUAACAUUUAUUUUAUUGGCAUCGAGAUCAUUUUCAUUAAUUACAGCCACAAAUAACGAAUUUCGUGACACAGCACAGCCGACAUGGCAAACAAUUCGUAAUAUUCUGCAAUAUAUUCCGAGAACAGAAAGGGAAAAUUUGGAGCGGAUCGAAAAUUUAGAAGUUCAAGAUUUAGAAAAAGCGCAACCAAUCUGGCAACGUAUUUUAGAAAUGAAUCCCAGAAUUGGAAAGGAAAAUUACAUCUGGAUGGAAAAUGGACAGGAAACUGAAAAUGUAAAACGUGGAUUGGAUUUUGGAUUAAAUCGUGGAUUAAGUGGCACGCAAGCAGGAAAGCAUUUAAUUGGAUUGACAACUGCUAAUUUUGCUAAUGGACCUGGAAGAAGACGUCGUUCUCAAUAGAAGAAAAUAAUUCCAAAAUCAUCUGAUUAGUUUUCCUAAUUGUAUUUAAUAUUCAUCAAAUAAAAUGAAUUACUCCUCAAUAUGAAUAAACAA